GCGGACACCCGGGAAGGCGGGGUCCUUCUCUGUGGAGGUCGCGCGGGCAGUGGCUGCAGGAAGUAGACACUGGGCAGCAUGUAUUAUAAGUUUAGUAGCUUCACGCAGAAACUGACGGGAGCGUGGGCUUCCGACGCCUAUAGCCCUCAGGGAUUAAGGCCUGUGGUUUCCACAGAAGCACCGCCUAUCAUAUUUGCCACACCAACUAAACUGAGUUCCAAUUCUACUGCAUAUGAUUAUGCUGGGAAAAAUAAAGUUCCAGAGCUGCAGAUGUUUUUCCAGAAAUCCGACGGUGUGCCCAUCCACCUGAAACGAGGCUUGCCUGACCAAAUGCUUUACCGGACAACCAUGGCGCUGACUGUGGGAGGGACCAUCUACUGCCUGAUCGCCCUCUACAUGGCAUCACAGCCCAGAAACAAAUGAGUUAGGCUGCAGAGGACUGGUUUGCUUUUUAGCAUAAAUCCUUUGAAUUUUCAUUUUUCAUUAUUUCUGUAAAAUUUUUUUUUUUUUUUUUACUUGAAUGGCCUACUUAACAUUCUUCAAGAAAACAGAAAUUAAGACAGUAUUUUGGUUUGUUAUGAAAUGCACAUGGUCUGGCAGAGCUCAUCUGACAGUUAAAACUAUUGUUUAAAGAAAUGCUGCUGCUCUCUGCAUUUGGGCUUCUGAUUUCCCUGGAGGUUCUGAAUGAAGGUUGCACACAGGCCUAUUAUGGCAGUCUGUGCUGAGGUCCUUGGGGACUUAUGGUGGAGUUUUGAGCUUGGGAUGGAGAAGCCCUUUUGGAUUUGGAUGUGACUGAGGAAGGAAAACAAGCUAAGGCCAGGCACAUGAGAUGAGAGAUUUUGAGUUAGUAGUCACCUUGGGGAUUUUUCCAUCCUGCAGUAAAAUGUUAAUAGAAAUUA